UAGUGGUGAGAGGCAGUGAGGGGAGGGGGGAGGAUGCAGCAUCAUCAUCAUCAGUGAACGUACAGAACGACGGGAUUCAAAACGUUUCCAGCUGCUGAGCUCAGAGCCGCAGACCAGGCUAAUUCCUGACACCCCCACCAUCACCGGAUCAGACUAACUGCUGGAGCACCACACUGACAGGAAAGGAGACACAUUUUUACUGAGCUGCAUGUGAAGCGGUCCUGACUAAUCUCUGGAGGAAUCCACUAACAGGAGGCUUGUUUCUCUGGAAGGGACCAGACUAAUUCAUGGACCAGAGGCUGACUGACUCAUCCCUUGGUUUGUGGGAGGAGACUACUUCCUGAGCAUAUCAGCCCACUCAGUGCCACACCUCCACAUGUGAUGCUUGAGAGGCUGGGACCUGGCUAAUACCUGGAUCUGUGACAGAGCAUCCCAGAGGCUGGACGGUUCGGACACACUCCUGCUGGGACCUGGCUAAUCUCUGGCAUGUUCUGCUUCUGCCUGCAGAGUUCACUGCUGAAGCUCCAGGCGCUUGAGGUGGAGGGGGGCCCCUCGCUGGGUCCAUCCCCAGAGGACAGCCCUCCCGCCCUGGGCAGCAAGGAGCAGAAGAGCCCCGGAGUCCCACCGGAGCUGGGAGGGAAAGACGGGAAGACGCUGGUUCAGUGUCACAGCGUUCCUUCAGACGAGAACAGUCCUCCAGAGCUCCUCGCCGUCCUGACCAGACCUCCUCAGUCUCCUCGACACCAGCCACUGACCUCCAUCCAGCCGGGACAGCAGCCCCUCAUCCCCGACUCAGUGCUGCCUCCCAGCCCCCACCACUCGCCCUCGUACCCCCAAAGGGGCAGCCCCGGGGGUGACGGGGGAGGAGAAGGACCAGAUGGAGGAGGUGGAGGAAGUGGAGGAGGUGGAGCUCUCCUCCAGCUCCUGGCAGGUGGUCCCAGCCCCCUGCCCUCCCCCCGAUGCUCCAGCCACAGCCUGAGGUUCAACUCCGACCCCGACUCGGCCCCGUCACCACCCUGCAGCCAGCAGUACAUGCUGUGUCGUGGUCGGGUGGACCGGACCGAGGAACCGGAGGACCAUUGUCCCCCCUCCAUCCCCUUCCUGACCCGACACAUCCAGACCCUGAAGAAGAAGGUCCGAAGGUUUGAGGACCAGUUUGAGCUGGAGAUGAACUACAAGCCGUCACACAACGAUAAGUACUCCAAUCCAGAGAUGGUCAGAGUGAUGGGCGAACUGGCCAAGGCUCGGAAGCAGCUCAAAGAGCUCAGACUUCGGCAGUCGGUGUUCGAGUCUAAGGAGUCGGAAAACACCGACAUCUGCAGGUACAGCUCUGGUCUGCAGGGGGCAUCGGAGCACAAACCGACUCUGGAGGAAACAGUGGAGUCUCUGUUCAGACGACUGAGGGAGAAGCGACAAGCUCUGGGUCUCCCCGACAACAUGAAGGAGAUGACCCAGGCCCAGAUGGUUCUGGAGAAGAUCACCCUACAGAAGUGUCUGCUGUACUUUGAGAGUCUUCACGGCCGGCCGACCAAAGAACUACAGACUCUUCACAACCUGCUCAAACUCUUGGUACAGGACCUCACCACACGGGUCAAGAAGGGCACGAAGCAGGAGAAGUCCCUGGUGAAGCCUCUGUAUGAUCGAUACCAGAUGAUCAAACACCUGCUGUGUUCCAGUCCCGCCAUCAGCACCAUCGAGGAAGAGGACGGCUCUGAUGAAGACUCGGUGGCUGAUGAACUUCCUGUUCCGCCUCCUCGUAGAGCGACUCGAUUGGCGGCUGGCGAGGAGGACAGCGACCGAGACAGCGACCCGGCGUUCGUGUCUCCGAUCGACGAGGUGAAAGCUGUUCGUCAGCACGCGGCUCUGACCACGGCCAACCUUCACGAAGCCUCCAGGUCUCAGCUGCUCGACUGUCUUCGGGAAACCAGAGCAGAGAAGAAAACGAGACGUAAAGUUCUGAGGGAGUUUGAGGACGAGUUCUACCGACAGACCGGGAGAAUCUGUCAGAAAGAAGACCGCAGUCCCAUGAAGGACGAGUACCAGGACUACAAGCAGCUGAAGGCCAAGCUGAGACUUCUGGAAGUUCUGCUCAGCAAACAGGACGUUUCCAAACCCAUGUGAGAACCUGAACGUGUUCUGAGAUGUUAACCUGCGGAAUCUUCACGUCGUCCCUCUGAAUCAUCCAGCAGAGUUUAUUCGACUCGUUCUGCUCAUUAAAGGACCAGCAUCGUCCAUCCUCCACCAUCAGCAGGAAACCUCGGAUCCUGAACGUUGUGAACUCGUGUCCCACUUUAACUUCGUGUUUGAACUGAACGCACUUUAACCUGUCGAGAACAAAGAAGAAAACGGGAACAGGUUGGACCUUUUCAUUGAUCACAUCCAGACACCGAACCUCCAGAACCCAACAGAACCCAACAGAACCAAGUCUGAAAGUUUAAUUCCACAAAAAAAAACUGCUUUCCUGAAACACCAACCUCAGAAAGAGAUCAAUGAGCAGAAACGAUCUGACAAAAGAUGUAAAAACUCUCAUCUGGAAUCAACAAAAGCUAUCAGUAAAAGGAAAAUCUAGCUUUUGUUUGGCCGUGAAGUGAGAAAAGUAACUUCUUGAGCAAAAAAUCUGAACUUAAACCAUAGAAAAGACUGAAAUUUGAAUCGUUGGGCUUCAUAGAAUCAGAAAACUGUCAGAAAUUCAAGUUAAAAACAAUCUAAACUAUUUGUCUUUAAAGUUGUUUCAUGCUGAGAGUUUGUAUCAUUGUAAAACGAGACAAGGUGAAACAUUACAUCUAAAAAACUCUAAUGUUUGUCUUUUUAUGAGUUCAUCUAAAAUAUUUUAAAAUAAGACUCGGAUUCAACGUCUCAUUCAUUAAAAUCAAACCUGUUGUGUUUUUAGACAAUAAUCAGCAGUAAAACAUGCGACCCUGUUGAGGCUUUAUAUCUCUAAACUGUUUGGUCAGAAGUAAACCUUCAGCUGGGUGGGUUUGGGUUUGGGAGGUUCUGGUGAUGAUCCGUCUUCAUAUCAGAGUGUUUAUUUUUAUUCAGAGUCUAUCAUUAAUAUGCAGUCCAGUGUUUUAGAGGCUCAACCUGUAAAUUCUCUCCACUGAAUGUCUGAGUGUAAAAUCUAAAAAAGGGCUUGAAGUCUUUAACAGUCGACCAACUAACAACUCUGUGAUCUGAAGCAUGAUAGAACAUUGAUAUAACGUCCAUGUAACGUUUCCGUAAUCCAGCCUGCGACGAUGUUCCGAAAAAGCAUUUUAUCUGUGAGGAACGUUGGGUGUCUGAAGUCCUGCACGGCUGAAGCUCCUCCUGAACUUGGACCUCCAUGUUUCCUCGUCUUCAGCCUGAAACUAAACUCUGCUGUGAACGUAAAUCCUGUUUCUGUGUUGUGAACUUGAUGGAUUCCUCCCAGGAUGCUUUCUGGUUCCUCUGAUCCAUACGAAGGCUGCUGUUGGUCCGGUUGUAACAGAUGUCUAGUCCAGGAAACAUGAGGUCCACCCUUAGAACUGGACCAACAGACCCCCGGUUCUUACGGAUUGUGAAGGAACUCGGUGUUCUCUGUGACCUUUAGGGGGAACAAAUCUGCUCUGCCUGAUACAUUUCUAUACAAACAGGAUGAGAAUAAAUAUUUUGGUUAUGAA